AUGGAGAGCGAGUACCAAAUGAGCGACGAGACCAUCUCGCUCGCAACCGAUAAUGGCACGACAGAGGCAGGCGCGGCAGCAUCUGAUGGAGACCCGGCCCUGGACUCGAAACUGCUGGAGGAGAUCUCGCAACGGUUCCAUCGGCUGUGGAAGCUCGAGAAGGACUUCGAGCAGCUCACGCGCGACCACCACUCCCUUGCCGCCGCCAAGAAGCUCGUCGAGCACGAGCGCCAGGAGUGGGUCGACAAGCGGCGCUGA